GACGCAUUAAUCCCGGGCGAUGACGUCACUACCAGGCGCCCGGCGGCAAGUUGGCCGGGCCUUGGGCUGGCUUCAGCGGGGCAAAAAUGUCGAUGGCCAGCGAUUUCUACCUGCGCUACUAUGUAGGGCACAAGGGCAAGUUUGGACACGAGUUUCUGGAGUUCGAGUUUCGGCCAGACGGCAGAAAAUCUACUGGUGGUGAGACAAGAAAGGAAUUUAUUUCAGAGAGGCCAGCAUCGGGAAGACGGUGGACUAGCAUCUCAAAGACUGUCUCCAAAAUGCCAAAAAUAGGUGCCAAAACAAAUGUGGGCAAAGGAAAGCUUAGAUAUGCCAACAACAGCAAUUACAAAAAUGAUGUCAUGAUCAGAAAGGAGGCUUAUGUGCAUAAGAGUGUAAUGGAGGAACUGAAGAGGAUUAUUGAUGACAGUGAAAUUACAAAAGAAGAUGAUGCAUUGUGGCCUCCCCCUGACAGAGUUGGCCGACAGGAGCUGGAAAUUGUAAUUGGAGAUGAACACAUUUCUUUUACCACAUCCAAAAUAGGUUCUCUUAUUGAUGUAAAUCAGUCAAAGGAUCCUGAAGGCCUUCGAGUAUUUUACUAUUUGGUGCAGGACCUGAAAUGUUUAGUUUUUAGUCUUAUUGGAUUACAUUUCAAGAUUAAACCGAUCUAAAUUGUAUGUUUUUGAAGCUGUUUUUAUAUUUAAUUAAGGGAUGGGUUUGUCAUAUACACUCUUGGGAUUUUUAUAAAUGUGAAGGUUUUUUUUUUUUUGUAUGCCAACUAACAAUAAGAAAAUACAUAAACAGGCUUAAUGGUUAUUCUCAGCUUGGGUCCAAGUGGUCUGGAUAGUUCUCACACAUGAAAUUCUGUAAAUAAAAGCAACCUUUUGUUGAAAGUUUGCUGUAAUAAAACAUAUCAAAGCCUG